GCCCCAGGUGUGUCCCAGAGGGAUCCAGGUGACUUCUCUGCAGACUGCCUGCCAUGAUGCCCCACCAAGAACAGGGGGAAUAAAGUGGGGGUCCUUCCCCAUGCCCCUCCCAUGGUCAGCUCCCCAAUGGCCUGGGUGAGGGCGGACUGGCUGCUCUGACACCAUGGGGAGCUGCUGCAGCUGCCUGAACAGAGACAGCGUCCCAGACAACCACCCUACCAAGUUCAAGGUGACGAAUGUGGAUGACGAGGGGGUGGAGCUGGGCUCCGGAAUCAUGGAGCUAACACAGAGCGAGCUGGUGCUGCACCUGCAUCGGCGCGAGGCUGUCCACUGGCCCUACCUCUGCCUGCGGCGCUAUGGCUAUGACUCCAACCUCUUCUCCUUUGAGAGUGGCCGCCGGUGUCAGACGGGCCAGGGGAUAUUCGCGUUCAAGUGCUCCCGGGCCGAGGAGAUCUUCAACCUGCUUCAGGAUCUGAUGCAGUGCAAUAGCAUCAAUGUGAUGGAAGAGCCAGUCAUCAUCACCCGCAACAGCCACCCGACUGAGCUCGACCUCCCUCGGGCCCCCCAGCCUCCCAAUGCUCUAGGCUACACUGUCUCCAGCUUCUCCAAUGGCUUCCUUGGCUGCCCAGGGGAGGGCCCGAGAUCCUCAGCACCCCGGCGCCCCUCAACGAGCAGCCUGCGACACCCCUCGCUCGGGGAAGAGUCCACUCAUGCCCUCAUUGCCCCUGAUGAGCAGUCCCACACCUAUGUCAACACGCCAGCCGGUGAGGAUGACCACCGCAGGAACCGGCAUUGCCUGCAGCCCCUGCCUGAGGGCCAGGUGCCCUUCCCCCCGCAGGCCCGGGGCCCUGACCCACGGGACCCCCAGGUGUUCCUGCAGCCGGGCCAGGUGAAGUUUGUGUUGGGCCCAACCCCUGCUCGGCGGCACAUGAUGAAGUGCCAGGGCCUCUGCCCCAGCCUGCAUGACCCCCCGCCCCACAACAACAACAACGAGGGCCCUUCCGAGUGCACUGCCCAGCCCAAGUGCACCUAUGAGAACGUCAGUGCGGGGCUGCGGCCAGGGGCUGGCUGGAGACUGAGCACGGAGGAGCCAGGCUGGAAUGGCCUUGCCCACCGCCGGGCGGCCCUGCUGCACUAUGAGAACCUGCCCUCCCUGCCCCCUGUGUGGGAGAGCCACGCCCAGCAGCUGGGGGAGGAGGCUGGGGAUGACGGAGACUCGAGGGAUGGGCUCACUCCCUCCUCCAAUGGCUUUCCUGAUGGUGAGGAGGAUGAGACCCCGCUGCAGAAGCCCACCAGCACCCGGGCUGCCCUCCGUAGCCAUGGCAGCUUCCCUGUGCCGCUGACCCGCCGCCGAGGCUCCCCGAGGGUCUUCAACUUCGAUUUCCGCCGGCCGGGCCCCGAGCCCCCCAGGCAGCUCAACUACAUCCAGGUGGAGCUGAAAGGCUGGGGUGGAGACCGCCCCAAGGGGCCCCAGAACCCCUCGGUCCCCCGAGUCCCUGUGCCCACCACCCACCCUGCCCGCAGCUCAGACUCCUACGCCGUGAUUGACCUCAAAAAGACCGUGGCCAUGUCCAACCUGCAGAGGGCGCUGCCCCGAGACGAUGGCACUGCCAGGAAAACCCGGCACAACAGCACCGACUUGCCUCUGUAGGGACUUCCUUCCUCACGCUCCGCCUCACGCUCCUGUCCCCUGAACCCACACCCUGGGGUUCAAGGUUGCUUUGCCGAAGGGCAUUGAGGUGGAACCAGAUGCUUCCCUGCGCUGGCUGGGGUCCCCAAAGAUAUCAGCCACUGAGUCUCCUGGUCUCCAAGUUGGGGAGAAGAAGGGUGACCAGGCGAGGAGGGAGCUGUGACGUAAACUGUGAAGGGUUCCUGUGAUGCAUUUAGUGCCCUCCCGUUAUGUCCAUUUGUCUUGUCUGUCGUCUGUGUGUUUUCUUUAGUUGAAAUUUGGAAACAUUUUGUACCUGUUGAUUUUAUUUAUCAGUUUAUUUUUCUAUUUAUUGUUUUAAAUGUAAUUUAACAUAUUUAUUAUUAAUAUAAUUAUUUUUAAAUUCUG